AUGGAGGCUGAGACUGCACAGGAAGCAGAUCCGGAUAUACAAGUCCAAUUAAUCCUCCUGGCGGCGUCGUCGCAUAACAUCGAGCCCCUGCGAACUCUCCUCCGCACAGGAUCUGCCAGUGUUCAGGACCCAGAAACCGGCUUUACGCCCCUCCAUGCUGCCAUUGCAGCUUGCGAACCUUCGCCAAACGGCGCAGUCGAUCGGGAAGAUCGUAACGGGCAUGUCAAUGGAACCGCGAAUGGGGACCACAGCAGCACUGCAGGGUCAGACGUGGAGGCCGCAGCAAAGACUAUGAGGCUCUUGCUUCAAAACGGGGCCAUUUGGAAUGAUGUUGAUAAAAACAACGAAACGCCGGGAUGUUUAGCAUUGCGGCUGGGUCUGAAAGAGUUUUACGAAAUAAUGGUUGAUGCUGGAGUCAGGGCAGAGAUGCUACUCAACCGUCUGGACGAGUAUGAACAGUUAGCGGGAAACGAUGAUGAGGAAGAUGAAGAGCAGGGGUCUGAUGAAGAAACCAAGAAGGAUGGCGAAGAAGAUACUCCAAGUAAUGAUCGGCAACAGGACCUCAACGACAAUGGAGAGGACACUCCAGAGAUCAGCAACGAAGACUACCUACAGUCCUCUCUCCGCUUUCAAGACGGACGUAUACUCGAUAGCGCCGGCAACGGCGUGAUGAUGGCUUGGGAGACGGACCUAAUGAAGCGAAGCGCAGACCUCCUCGUACCCAGACCGGGCUUGCGUAUACUCAACAUAGGUCACGGUAUGGGCAUCAUCGACACAUUCUUCCAUCACAAGAGCCCAAGCGCUCACCACAUUCUCGAGGCCCACACUGGGGUCCUAGAACGGAUGAGAAAGGACGGCUGGUACGACAAGCCAAAUGUUACCGUUCAUGAAGGCAGAUGGCAGGACGUCGUUCCCAAGAUCAUUGAUCAAGGCAUCCUCUUCGACGCCAUCUACUUCGAUACUUUUGCCGAAGAUUACAAGGCUUUACGUGACUUUUUUAGUGAUUGCAUCAUCGGUCUACUCGAUGAUGGUGGCAGAUUUGGCUUCUUUAAUGGACUUGGAGCCGGUAAGAUCGCUCUCGAGCUGACUCGAGAUGGUGCAGACCGACAGAUCUGUUACGAUGUCUACGGGAAAGUCUUGGAGAUGGAUCUGUUUGAGGCAGGAUUUGACACAGAAUGGGAUACUAUAAAGGUGCCAGAGAUGGAGAAGGAGGAGUGGGAAGGGGUGAGGAGACGGUACUGGUCGUUGAGGGAAUAUAAGCUGCCAACAUGCGAGUUCAUCGGGUGA